UUUCGCUGAGUGUUGUUGAGAACUCUCUUAUUCCACCUGAAAAAAUUCAGUUAUUAGAAACAAAGAUGUCUUGGAAAGGACCAAAAAGGACAAUCCGAUGUUCCAGCUACACUGCAGAGGCAAUGCGUUUGGCAUAUCUUAGCGUUAGAUCAGGAAAAUUUACAGGAAGAAGAGCUGCUGAAAUGUUUAAAGUACCAUACGGAACUUUAAACAAAAAACUUAGUGGACGAGCUCCUGUGGAAGCGCACGGUGCAGGAAGGCCAAUUGAGAUAAGUACGGAAUCUGAACGAAAAUUUGCCGAGUAUUUGAAGAUCGCUGGAAAAUACGGCUAUGGCUACAGCCGAUGUGAAAUUAAAAAUUUGGUUGCUGAGUUUGUUAAAGAAGAAGGUAUUAAGACCAGGUGGCAGGAUGGAAAACCUGGUUAUGAAUGGUUGAAAAACUUUUUGAGACGGCAUCCUGAAAUAAGAGCCCGUAAAGACAAGAAAAACGCUCACAAGCAUCUGAAUGAAGUGGAUCCUUUCCCUGUGUAUCAGUUUUAUGAUGAUAUAAAAGCUCUUUAUGAGGCUGAAAACAUAACUGAUUCUGAUGGCGACCGAGUUUAUAACGUUUGCGAGGUAUUGUUCCGCGACAAUUUCAAAGAAACAUGCGCAUUUCCCUCAAGAUGUGCAAAAUGCGUUUCGAAAACUGCAGGCAAAGAUAGCGAGUUGCACACUUCUGUUGUCGUUGGUAUAAGAGCUGAUGGAAAAAAAUUACACCCACUCAUUAUGUUCCAAGGUAGAUGUGUGUUACCUUCCUGCAUGGCCAAUAAAAAUGCUCCAGGAACAACUUAUUACACAACAUCCGCUCGAAAAUGGAAAGAUGGAACUUUAUUCAGCUACUGGUUUGAGAAUGUCUUCAUUCCUCAAAUACCAAAUAAACUAGCCAGAGGUGGUAAAAGUGUUGUUUUGCUAUUCGAUGGAAGCCCUCUGCAAGUUACCAUUCGAUGCCUAGCAGAAGCGGUGAAACACAAUGUUAUUCUGGUAAAACUUCCUUCAAAACUUAAUAAACAUCUACAACCACUGAGCAGAACAUGCCUCUCUGUUUUGAAAUCAGCUUGGAACGAUCAGUUCAUCUCAUGGGAGGGAGAGAGCCUCGGAACGAUCCAAAAGUUGUUCGGACAACUCCUAGGGAUAACUUGGAACCAACAUUUUGGAAAACGUAUCAUCAGGAAAGCAUUCCUGACUACCGGUGUGUUUCCUUCUGAUAAAGAUCGGUUUCCUGUCAAUGUAUUCUCUCAGAAAGCUUUGAAAAAGUAUUUGGGGAGAAGUCAGGUCACUGUCAGAAGAAGACGACUGAAAGUAGAGGAAGAGGAUGAAUCCGCACCAGAACCAGCAAAUGUUUCUGAGGAACUAAUAAUUCCAGAUCCAAUCGGUCAAUUACCAAGUUCUAAAGCUGCUCAACCGAACAUAUUCGAGCGUUUUGCUUUUAAAAAACGAUCAUCAAGCUCGACGGGUGAACUUCUUGACUUAUCGAAACGAAAAAAGAGCUCUGAUAGCAAUGAAGAACCAACGAUUUCUGAAAUAAAACAAGAAGUUUAAAAAACUAUAUAAAUUCUCUAAAGAUUAUCUGUCGUAAAAUGUUAGACAAAACUAUAUUAAAAUUUUGUAUUUGUAUUAGCCAAUAUGUUCUGCUAUUUGAUAAGGCAACAGGACUGUAAGUCAAUAUGUGCUAUUAAAGUUAAAUCGUCUAAUAUUUCUAUGAAAUACUAUGCAAAGCAAAAUAUGGAAACACUCAGAUUUUUGUUUCAUUUGCAUCUAAAGUUUACUAACUUUAUCUAAAGUUUUAAGCAAAUAGCUGAAAUUAAUUUCAUCUUAUGAUUUAUUUAGAAAG